UUCUUUUGUAUAUGCAUGCAUACUCAAAAAUAGAAGCUAGAUAAACAAACAAACAAACAAACACAAAAUGGCCUUAAUUAUUCGUUUAUCACUCUUUGCAUUUGCCAUCCUAGUUAGAUUACUACUCUUAUCCUUUUUAACCUUUGAUUAUCCCUUAAUCCGCCUGGUCGAGUCAAAUCUCGACUCAGACAAGGAUGCCUUACUCUCAUUCCGAUCCCAACUAAGCCUAAACAAUCCUUCUUACAAUAACAGCCCUUUAUCUUCAUGGGAUCGUAACUCAUCUCCUUGUAAUUGGACAAGAGUUGUUUGUAACAAGUUUGGUCAUAGAGUUAUUGGCCUUAACUUGUCAAGCUUACAACUUAUUGGUUCCAUAAGUCCUCAUAUAGGAAAUCUCUCCUUUCUCAAAUCCCUACAACUUCAAAACAACCAACUUACAAACACAAUCCCUAAAGAACUAUGUAACCUACUUCACUUAAGAGUUCUCAACUUGAGUUCCAACAAGUUAGAGGGUUCAAUUCCAUCGAACAUAAAUAGGUUACGCGAACUCAAGGUGUUAGACUUGACAAUGAACAAGGUUUCAGGGAGAAUACCUAAUGAAGUGAGUUUACUUCCUAAACUCCAAGUCUUGAACUUGGCAAGUAACUCACUUUAUGGCACUAUACCUCCAUCUUUAGGGAAUGUUACCUCAAUGACUACCUUAGAUUUGGGUACUAAUACUAUUAGUGGCACUAUCCCUAGAGAGUUAGGGUACCUUCGAAACCUUAAACAUCUCGAUCUCAGCAUAAACAACCUCACCGGUACAGUCCCAAACCCUAUCUACAACAUGUCAUCUCUCGAGUUUUUAGCCUUGGCAUCGAACCAGCUUUGGGGUGAACUUCCUUAUGAUGUUGGAGAAAGACUACCGAAUCUUCUUGUUUUCUACUUUUGCAUCAACAAGUUCACAGGAAGAAUACCUGGCUCGUUACAUAAUCUUACUAACAUACAAGUGAUCCGUAUGGCUCAUAAUCACCUCACCGGAACUAUACCACCGGGUUUAGAGAACCUCCCGUUUCUCAAGAUGUACAACAUUGGGUACAACUAUAUCGAAAACUCAGGUGAUGAAAAUGGUUUUGAUUUUCUAACUUCAUUAGCAAAUAGCACACAACUUAACUUCCUUGCCUUCGAUGGAAAUCUUUUAGAAGGGGUCAUCCCUGAAUCUAUAGGAAAUCUGUCGAAAGUUCUUUCGAAGCUAUUUAUGGGAGGAAAUCAUAUUCAUGGUAGCAUACCAAGCUCGAUUAGUCAGCUUACUGGUUUAUCCUUGCUAAACAUAAGCUAUAAUAACAUUGCCGGACCAAUACCUACCCAAAGUAGCCACUUACAUGACUUACAAGUCUUGGAUUUGGCUCAUAAUCGAAUUUCCGGGGUUAUUCCUGAUUCCUUUGGUAAUCUAAUGAAGCUAAAUAAACUCGAUUUAUCAAGCAAUGGUUUGGUAGGUGAAUUGCCUAGUUCUUUUGGGGGUUUUAGUAGUCUCAUUUACAUAGAUUUAUCAACCAACAUGCUUAAUGGUUCAAUACCUAGAGAGAUCCUUAGCCUUCCAACUUUGAGCAACACUUUGAAUUUGUCUCACAAUCGUUUCGAUGGGGAAUUACCUGAUGAAAUCGGGCUUCUAACCACAGUGAUUACCAUUGAUCUUUCGAACAAUCGAGUGUCUGGAAACAUUCCUAGUUCCAUCUCGAAUUGCAAGAGUUUGGAGACAUUGAGUUUGGGUAAAAAUUCUUUCUCCGGUUCUAUACCGAGUUCUUUAGAAAACUUAGAAGCUCUUCAGACCUUGGAUCUUUCUCAUAACCAACUAUCUAACUUCAUUCCUUCCAACCUCGAACUCUUGAAUGCUACUCAAUCGUUAAACUUGUCGUAUAACAAUCUCGAAGGAGGACUUCCUUGUGGUGGGAUCUUUAGAAAUCUUUCUAGAGUUUCCUUACAAGGAAACCCAAGACUUUCCUUGCAUUCACUACAACAUAUAAGAUCAAAGAGGGCGAAAAUUAUUAGAGCUCGUAUUGUUGUAGCAAUGGUGGUGGUUUUGGUGUCAUGUUUUAUGGCUGGUUUAUAUGUUGCAAUGAGGAAGAGAAAAGCCAAGUUUAGUAGUAAAACAUCAGACUCCAAGUUGCAAGAAGGGCAUUACAUGGUCAAAUACGAUGAGCUUCGUCGAGCUACCGGAGAUUUUAGUGAAGGGAGCUUGAUUGGAAGUGGGAGUUUUGGAUCAGUUUAUAAAGGGUAUUUGAAAGAUAACAUGGCUGUUGCAAUUAAGGUACUUGACAUGAAAAUGGCAGCUUCUUGGAAGAGCUUUCUUGCCGAGUGUGAGGCUUUAAGGAAUGUUAGGCAUCGGAAUCUUGUUAAGCUUAUAACACCUUGCUCGAGUUUGGAUUACAAAAACAUGGAGUUUCUUGCUCUGGUUUAUGAAUUCCUCUGUAAUGGAAGCUUAGAAGUUUGGAUUAAAGGUAAAAGAAAGAAAGAAAAUGGAGAUGGUUUGAACUUUAUGGAAAGAUUGAAUGUGAGUAUUGAUGUUGCUAGUGCACUAGAUUAUCUGCACCAUGACAGUGAAGUCCCUGUAGUGCAUUGUGAUAUAAAGCCGAGCAACAUCCUCCUCGAUGAAGAUAUGACCGCGAAAAUUGGAGACUUUGGGUUGGCAAGGUUGUUAAUGGAGAAAUUGGAUGGUCAACAUUCCAUCAGUUCAAGCCAUGUUAUGAAGGGCUCUAUUGGGUAUAUGCCUCCAGAUUAGUAAUAUGGUUUAGGAGCUAAACCAUCAGCAGCUGGAGAUACAUACAGCUUUGGAGUGACAUUGUUGGAGCUAUUUACAGCGAAAAGCCCGAGCCAUGAGAGUUUAACAGGGGAACAAGGUUUAGUUGCAUGGGUUCAAGCAUGUUUUCCUACACAAAUGAUUCAAGAGCUGUUAGAUCCCGAGCUGCGUAAACAGCUGCAGGAACAUGCUGAUGAUGAUGACGAUGAUGGCUACAACAGAAGGCAAGCCCUGGUUCAAGGACAGUUGGAUUAUUGCACGGCGAGGGUUUUUGUGGUGGGAUUAUCAUGCACUGUUUCUCAUCCUGAGGGGCGCAUUACUAUGAGGGAAGCUCUUCACAAGCUUAAAUCUGUUAGAAACAAACUCCUUAAAUCUUAGACGCGCCAUCAAUAAAGACAAUGUAGUAGCUUUGGUUGCAUUUUAACUUAUGAAUAAAUAUUAGUUGCAAGCUUGCAACUAUGUCAUAUUUUGUACUGUCAUGAGAAACUCAAUCAAUGCAUGAUAAUCAGAAGAAA